UCUCUCUUCAGGCAAUGGCGGCCCACCUCUCCACAGCCCCAGAACAGCCAGCGACGCUCGAUAAGGAGAAGCCGCCGUUGAGUGGGAUAGAGGAGACUCUGCUGGACAACUUGGCGGCGGUGAAGGCCCUGGUGUACAUCCUGCAGGCCUGCUUCGGCCCCCACGGCCGGCGGAAGCUCCUCGUGACCGCCCAGGGAGAGACCCUCUGCACUUCCCACUCGACAGCCAUCCUGUCGGCUUUGGAACUGGACCACCCGGCGGCCCGGCUCCUCCGGGAGGCUGCCUACACCCAGGCGGAGGAGAACGGUGACGGGACCACUUUCGUGGUCCUGUUCACCGGGGCCUUGAUGGAGCAGGUGGUGGUGAUGCUGAGGGCCGGCCUGCCCCUGGCCAACCUGCGGGAGAGCUUGGCGGCGGCGACCGGCAGAGCCCUGAGGCUCCUGCCUGGCUUGGCCACCCUCUCCGUAGACCCCCUGGUAGACCCAGUCCCGGCCCUCCGGGCCGUGGUGGACACUCACACUCCAUCCCACUCCGAUUACCUGGCCGGGCUGGUGGGGCGGGCGUGUUCGGCUGCCCGCGAGUUGGACAGGAGCUUCGACCCGCAGCGGGUGGCCAUCUGCCUGGUGCCCGGGGCCAAGCUGGGAGAUUCGUGCCUGUUGCCGGGACUGGCGGUGGGUGGGAUGCCUUGCGGACAGGUGACCAUGGUGACGGGGGGGGCUAAGGUGGCACUGUUCUCUUGUUCCUUUACUGUGACCAGCCCCCAGCCCUCUGCUAUCCCCCGUUUCUCUACCCCAAGUGAUUUACUGUGGAGCUCUGACGAGAAAGCGAAGGACAAGGCCACGGUUCUGCUGGACCAGCUGGCAGACGCGGGCAUAAAUGUGGUCGUGAUAGGGGGCUCCAUAGAUAAGGAGAGCCUGGAGCAUGCCGAUCGGCACGGCAUCCUUUUAGUGCGGGUCAGGUUCCCGAAGGAGAUGACCCGCCUGAGCCAGGUACUGAGUACAACUCUGCAGUCCGACCUGACUCCCCCCGCCGUGCCAGGGAGUUGCCGGCGGGUUUGCACGCAGGAGCUAAAGGAGGGCUCCGCGGUCGUGUUUGAAUGGGAGGGUGGCCAACCCCCAGCUCUCACCCUGGUGCUGCGGGAUGCCACUUCCGAGGGACUGCAAGGGGCAGGGCAGGCGGUCCAGCAUGCCAUCGGUGUCUACGGCCAACUGUGUCAGGAUGCCCGCCUUCUGCCUGGGGCUGGCGCAGUUGAGAUGGCUCUAGCCAAGGAGCUCUUGAGCCUGGGGAGCCAACUGGAGGGGCCGGAAAGGACUGGGAUCUUGGCAUUUGCCCAGGCCUUGCAGGUGGUCCCUAGCGUCCUUGCCGAAAAUGCCGGCUUGCCUGUGGCAGAGACGGUGGCGCAGCUGCAGAGCCUGCACCAGGCUGGGGACCGGCUGGCGGGUGUCGGGGACGAGGCGAUUGUCGACGUGGCCACGGCCCAGGUGUGGGACUCCCUGAGGGUAAAGAUCCGGGGGCUCGAGUUGGCGGCUGACGUGGCUCUGGGGCUGUCGACCGAAGACGAGAUUGGGAUCUCCAAAUGACAGGGGUCUCUACCCGAGGUGGACCAGCCUUAAGUGGAAUGCCGAGCUGACAUCCUAGAACAACCCCGACCCCUUGGACGACCUCUAAAUCCUAAGGAGGGGGUACCACCGUCCUCAAUAAAGGACACCGUUCCUCAUUCUGGAA